AAAAUAAUGGUGCCAGAAAACGGGAGAGUACUAAAGAUGCUAAAUUAAGAAGAAAAAGGGUAAUAGACGCAAAUAUGAAUUGUCAAGAUAAAGAGAGAGCAAAAAUGAAGGACAAAUCUAAAGAGUUCAGAGAAUCAAGCUCAGAUACCUGUAGAAUUAAAUGUGGUGAAGAGGUAACUAGUGAUGAAAUUAAGGUGGUCAAUGAAGAUAGAAGUUGUGGAAAUAGCGAUGCAGUGGUAAUGAAGAUUGUUAAUAAUAGAAAUAUGAAUAACAGUGGAUUGAAUGAUGGGGAAG